ACCAGCGGCCCUUCCUGAUCGGGGUGAGCGGCGGCACCGCGAGCGGCAAGUCAACUGUAUGUGAGAAGAUCAUGGAGUUGCUGGGACAGAACGAGGUAGACCACCGGCAGCGGAAGUUGGUCAUCCUGAGCCAAGACAGGUUCUAUAAGGUCCUCACCGCUGACCAGAAGGCCAAGGCCUUGAAGGGACAGUACAAUUUCGACCACCCAGAUGCUUUCGAUAAUGAUUUGAUGCACAGGACUCUGAAAAACAUCGUGGAGGGCAAAACUGUCGAGGUCCCAACCUAUGAUUUUGUGACCCACUCAAGGUUACCCGAGACCACGGUGGUCUACCCUGCAGACGUGGUCCUGUUCGAGGGCAUCUUGGUGUUCUACAGCCAAGAGAUCCGGGACAUGUUCCACCUGCGCCUCUUUGUGGACACCGACUCCGACGUCAGGCUGUCUAGAAGAGUUCUCCGGGAUGUGAGCCGUGGGAGGGACCUGGAGCAGAUCCUGACCCAGUAUACCACCUUCGUGAAGCCCGCCUUCGAGGAGUUCUGCCUGCCGACAAAGAAGUACGCAGAUGUGAUAAUCCCUCGUGGGGUCGACAACAUGGUUGCCAUCAACCUGAUUGUGCAGCACAUCCAGGACAUUCUGAAUGGGGACAUCUGCAAGUGGCACCGCGGAGGGUCCAAUGGGCGGAGCUACAAGAGGACGUUUCCUGAGCCAGGAGACCAUCCUGGGGUGCUGACCCCCGGCAAACGGUCGCACCUGGAAUCCAGCAGCAGGCCCCACUGAGGAGCGGUGCUCGGCCUCCUGCAGGACCCCAGGAGAUGCCCACCAGCCCCCAGAAACGCACUGCCGCUUCCUCUGUGGCCCCUGGCCAGCCAGUGGGGGGUGGGUGAGGGCGUUCCCCACCGACACGUCGCUCCAGCUCACUUUGCUGGGACGUUGGUUGGCAGGCCUUCCUGGUGUCUGCACCUGCUCCCUCGUGGAGGGUCACGUCCCUGGGUCACACUGGGAGUGCUGCAGGUGGUGUGGUGAGUCCCUGGUGGCUGCUUCCGGGAGGGACACAGGUCACGUAUUUUGGGGAAGACUGAGGAAACAGCCUGGACACUGGCUGUUCCGGUGAUUGUGACAGUGACCUCACAGAGACUUUCUACUAAGAUCUGUCUGGUUGUCUCACACACGUGUAACAAAGUCUGAACAAAUAAUACUCUUUUUGUACGCUCCACGUCCAAACGUUUCCUAACACCAUACUAGUUGCGACCUAUUAGCCCACUUUGGUGACCCGGUAGUGGGCUGCAACCCAGUCUGGUGCACUGACUUAAAGAGCCAGAGAUGCACGCCCCCCGCCCUCCCCACCCCACCGUGCUCUGAAGGCGGGGUGAAGAGCAGCCUGGGGGACAAGCGUUUUUGGUAACCAGCAUCACAGAAAGCAGCGUCCCUGUGGGUGGGCGUCCAGGUGCCUUUGGACAGGCCUGCCCUAGUGUAGCCGGGGGCCAAGGCGUGUGCCGCGGCCCAAAGCCAGCCCACCUCUCUGCGUUCAUCCAGAGUCCGUGGCCUCACGAAUCCCUGUGGUCUGUGUUGUCCCGUUGUGUCUUCCCUCCCACAUGGUGGCCAUUUCUGUAAAAGUGCCCCUUUCCCAUUGCCACCAGCCAAACUCCAGGGGCAUCCUGGUUCCUUUCUGUUGAAUUGUAACUAGUACAUAACAUGCAUCAGCCGAGUGUGGCAGAGCUCCGUGGCUGGUUUCUGGUGACUGACAGUUUGUCAAGCAUAUUAUGUCCUUUUUGGAGAGAGAAUAAAUAACACCAAUACGAA